ACACGGUAGUUAGGUGACGUCGAAUUAUAACUUUUUUGUUUAUAAACGCUGGUACGUUUACACGGACAAUAAACGCUUUCCUACUCUAUUUAUAAACCAAAGUGGAAAUACCCAUCAAAAAUAAAUUUCAAACUGGAAAUACCCAUAACUGCUUUUGGAAAAUCCAAAUUUAUGCUUUCUAGAAUGUACGAAGAACAACCCUAGCAGAGGGAAUGCAGAAAAGGAGGUCACGUUAUCGUCUGAAAUAGCAGCUAACCAAGAUGCUUUCAUUCAUGACAAAAUUUGUAAGGCUAAAGACCUGAAUGAUAAUGACAGUUUCAUGGUUUUAAAAGUGUUAGGCUGAUAUAGUUUUAGUAAGUAUCAAAAUGUCUACUCGCGGAAAUACUGGUAAUCUGUCAGAUUUAAAAAAGUCUGACAAGUAUCAAAGGACGCUUUCUCUUAAUUUAGACUGCGGGUCAGAUACACUUCGGAAAUUGAUAGAAACAGAGUUAGACAAUUCAGGUACAACAUUUAAAAAAUACAUCAAAACCCCUCAUAUUCAAAGUAAAAUCGAACUACUUAAGCAAAAAAAGGUCAUGUAUUCUGAACAAAUAAAGAUUAUAAAUUGUAAAGAUCCGGAUUUGGAAUGCAUGGAUAUGACAUUACUUACGGUUCUUUUGCUUGAAUUAUUUCCAAUCACUGCUAACCAGGUAACAAACAUUAAAAAGCUUCGACAGAAAAGAAAUGAAUUGGCGCAUAAACCUAAGUCUAUGCUUGAAGACGAUAUUCCUUUUAAUGAAACCAGUCAGCUGAUCAUUGACCUGUCAAAAGAUAUUAGCAGUGAAUUUGAAGAAGAAAUGGGAAAACGGAUAGAGGAAUUGAAGAAGAGAGAACUUGUACGAACGAGAAGCAGCAUGGACGUGAUACAGAUAAACAAUGAAUCUUUGAUGGUGAAACUGGUGGAAACUGGCAAUAACGAAAAAGUUGAUGGAAACAAUGAAAUCUGGAUUAAAUUAGGUCUCACGAGGUACGUACGGCAACUAGCUCGAUCUCUAGAAGUUGAUGUUCUUUUGCAAGAGCUAAAAGCACAAGGUGUCAUCAACGAUACACUGAAGAGGAAGAUAGAACAGAGAUAUAAUUGUGAGGAGCAGAUGCAGCUACUUGUGAUACAUAUGAUGGACGAAACAAGAGAGAAUCUUUUGAAAUUAUGUGGCUGUCUCCGGAAAGUGAAUACUCUUCUUGCAGAUCUCGUACAACACAAGCCAUCCGACGAGAAGGAAAUAGAAGAAAAUUUGCGAAAGGAACAGCGGAAGAAAAUAAUGCAGAUCUUACAAGACUUCUUUAUAGAAGAAGAUACAAGUAGCGUAGCAUGUGAAGAUGUCCAUAUAUUUGUAGAGGAGAAGCGAAAGUGCACAACAACGUUUCAGUUCAUCCUUGAGUGCGUGAAAGAAUGUUUCCUCGGUGUUACUUUUGAAGAAAAUGACAGUAGGUUUCAUGGAAUCAAACCCAAAGAUGAAACUUUGUUUGGUGAGGAAGAAAUAACUGAAGGACAGGAAGAGGUUUUAACAGAUAUGCCAAGUGACAGAUUUUGUACAUAUUUAGCAAAGAAAAUGGAGGAGACAAGAACAGGAAUUGGUUGUCAUUUUGAAGAAACAGUUUUAGAAGAAUGUAUUUCUGCGAAAAUAUUUGCAAAACUCACUGAUGAACAAAUGGAAGAAAACUUCAGCCCUAGGCUUAAAGAAGCAAACAUAAAAUUUGGUCUUGGCAUAAAGUCGGCACUUUCUGAAGUUCGGCAGAAUAUCGGAAGCCAAAUGAACAGAAUCUCUACAGGAGAAGCGGAUACUUUACGUAAGUUCGAUACUCCUGCGGAGAAUAUACGUUACACUAAAUCUACUGUUAGACCAGCCAUGGGAAAUCUUUUAACUGCUUACCAUGAGUUUAUUUAUCCUGCUCUGAAAAAACAAUGCAAUCCUGCGUUUAUGGCAAAAGAAGUAAUGAGAUUUGCAUUGGCAUGCAUAAACGGUAGGAAAAACGGUACGAUACACUUUGGAAUAAAAGAGACAGGAAACGGAACUGGAGCUGUUGUAGGUUUGCCAGGCGCCGAGUUCAGCGAUAGUGCUGCAUUGAAUACUGAAAUUCAUUCAUGUAUUAAAAACUGCAUCGAUACUAAGUACCAGAUGUUCGCUGACAGAUGUAUACGUCCGGCCCAAGUCAUACCGGUUGAAGAGGAUAUGGUUGUGAUGGAAGUGGACGUUGUACCAUUUUCCGGUCAUAUUCAAGAAACGUGUAUUCAAAUACAAUUUCCACCUAAAGGCAAUCAAAGGCAGAAAUGUUUUGUCUACGAAGAAAAUAUGAUAGUCACAAUAGCCCAGUCAAAACUGAAAUUUGUAGAAGAGGACUUUAGGCGUUUAUUUGAAGAGAGGGUUCAACUUGAAAAAGAACUGGCUAUGCCAAAUGUUUCUGCAUCAAACAGGACAACACAGAAGCUAAAGAAGCUGCUUACUGGUGGAAACAAAUUUAUAACAGAUGCAUUUAUACCUGUGAUUUGUUCAGGUAAUAUGAGCGGUUGUCUUCGAGAAGCCGAAAUACGUGAAAGUAUGGUCAACAUGUCGAUUGCGUUUACUACAUCAGCUGGGGUGUUUGACUUUGAUUCAUCUGUUGAUUUAAGAUACUUGAUUGAAAACGAAAACAACUACUUCCAGGUAAAAGUCCCUGAAGAUUUCAUUUCAAAACGAUGUCGUAGAGAAAGUGAUAAAACUGGAGAAAGUAAAAUCUGGCUUUACUCAAACGGCAACGAAGAGCUACGUAACGAAAGAAUGGAAACAGAACUGUGGUACUCGAAAAGACUAGCUGGAGUAAGGGCUGCUCUUGAUCAGAUAAGGCAACAGAUACCAGUUAAAAGGGGACUAGUUAUAUUUUUGGUGUUUCAGACACCUAUUGAACAAGAUCCAAUGCUUGAAAUUGCUCGGGAAACAUUCCUUAAGACAUUCAAAGACGAAUGUAUAGUAAUAGCUGAAAAUGAUGAACUUUUGCAGGACUGGCGGAGAGAAAUGAAAGGGAGACUGACCAAGCAAGAUUUCGAAAGUAAAACAGUCACUGGAUUGUCAUGGGAAGAUACUGCCUCUAUUGUCAAAAGCGUUUUUCACCCAGGUAAAAACGUCCUGUACAAAUUUCCUGACAGCAGGGGUCACAUCGUUGAAAUGACGAUAAGAGAAAUGGAGGACCUACAGCUACAAACUAUUGAAUUAGUCGAUGGUUAUGCAGGAGAACAUUGUCACAUUCAAGAAGAUGAAGACACUGAUGAAAAUUGUUGUUUUAGAAGGUCAAAAGAGCAAGAAAAUUUUUACAAGGGAAAUGAUGUAACCUGGUGGAAUUUCUAUUACUUACACGUCGGCAAAAGAGAUAAAUAUGACCUGCACAAACAAGAAAUAAAAUACAAAUUACGUUCUACUGACAGUAUUGACAGAUAUGAAACACAUCAAAUUGAGCAUAAUCCUGGGGCCGGUGGAAGUACUCUUGCACGGCAUAUCAUAUGGCACUUCAGCCAGAUAAAGCAGACCCCUGAUGAAACGUAUAGAUGUUGUAUUGUAAACAGAAUAACAGAUGACACGGCCGAAGAGAUUUAUAGGUUUAAGACAUUCAAAGACAAGUCUGGUACGAAACCUGUUAUUGUUCUUAUUGAUAACAAAAGCGAAGAGCAUUUGAAUUUGCUCAAAGCAAGGGUAGACGAAGUAGCAUACAAGAAAGGAUCUCCGGGGAAAUUGUUUUGCUUAUUAGUUACAGUGACCAGAGUUCCUGUCUCACAUGUGUCGAGAGAAAUGGUCCUUGAACAUGAUUUAUCAAAGAAAGAAAAAAUGUGGUUUGACAACAAAUUCAAGGAAUUGGACUCAAACACCGAUGUUAACGUGAAAACGUUGAUUGCCUUCAACGUGAUGAGGGAAUCUUUUGAUCCCAAAUUUAUAGAGGAAACGACAAAGGAGCUUAUGGGGGAAAUAACUCCUGAAGAAAAGAAAUUACUAGAAGUUUUGUCCCUUAUUUGUUCGUUUGACAGCGACAGCCCAAUCCCGGAAACUGUGUUUGAUUCGUUAAUGCAUGGUGUUAUAUAUGAUCCAAAUAUUUUGAAACUUGAACAAUGUAUGAACAGACCGUUUGGCAUUGUGUGGUCAGAGAAAGAAAGACGUGCAAUGCGACGAGUAGACAGGGAAACAUGGAACGUGAACUUGACAGGUGCCAUGCAGUUGCUUAUCACUCACCGUAAAGUCAACAGCGACACUCACUUCAAUAAUGGUGUUUGCAUUUUAUCGCAGCCUUUGUCCAAAGCAGUUAUGUCUCAUAUCAUGUAUACAGAAGAGAAAUCGUUCGAAGACAUGGUAGAUAAUGUAUUACAGCUGUUGGAUCAGCAUGGGUCUGAAACAAAUGCUAUGUCAAAACUAUUUAUAAAGAUAGUUUGCAGUUUGUUCACUUACAGAGAGUCAUUUAAAGACGAAAAAGGAGAAAAUAAAGUUGCAAAAUUUUCGGCAUUGGUUUUGCAUCUAGAAAAACAGAUUGCAAAUGAAAACGCUGAGCAGGCACAGAACAGAGUCAUUAAAGUGAUGACCAAAUGCUUCGAUGUUUCUGGGAACGCUAUGGUUGGACAACAGCUGGCAAGAUACCACUACCACAUAAAGAAUUUCAUGGCAGCUGAAGAUGUUAUUAAACGGUGCUUAGAUCAUAAGCCCCAAAACUCUUACCUACUUGACACGUAUGGACAGAUUUUCAAAUCUAAAAUGGAACACAUUAUAGGAAGCAAAUCUAGUGUAAAGAUGAACAACACCGAAAGUACAGAAUGUAUUGAACUAGCCUAUAAGGCCGUUGAGAAGUUCAAACUUGCGCAAGCAGCAUCUACUACCUUAAACGAGGACAAUGCCUCCUUCAACUCAAAUUGCUUUUACAUGGAAGUUAUAACCGCAUUAUAUCUUCUAGAAAAUUUUCAUAGGUUUGAGUGUUUUGGUGACAAACAAACAUUUUGGAGCUUUCUGAAUGACAAAAACUUUUCCAUCAAUGGUUCAUCGUAUGAACAUAUUCUACGAGAAGCACCAGUUCUUGAACAGUUCAGAAAUGGCCGGGAUACCCAUCAUCACAUUGAACGGUCUCUCAGAACCUUAGAAGAAAAAGCAUACAUGACAAGAAAUUACUUGACAACUGUAAUAACUCCCUCAAAAGACUUGCUGCUCUUGAAGCCAAGAGAACGGUUUGAGCUCUUUUAUGGAAGCAAAGAGCAUACAUUACAGUUUGAAUUCUUGUAUGGCGUCGGAUUAAAACUGCUUAUGAAGUGUUACCACGCUAAGGAGAGCCGACAGAAGCUGGUAGAGCGAGCGAGAAAGGCUGAACUUCGUUUAGACAAAGACGACACUACAGAGUUAGAGAGAGAUUUGCUUGUGUAUUUAGGCUAUAGUAUCAUUGAAAUUUCAAAACAAGAAAUAGAGAUAGACCUCGGGCGGUAUCGAAAAUUGGUAAACUACAGUGCACGGUUAUGGGAAAUACAGCGUGUAAAGGGGCCGAAAGAGAGACAUUAUGUUGAAGCCUAUCUAUAUUAUGCACUAUUGCACUGGAUACUUCCUAGCAGGACAGAAUCUGGUCUUGAAAACCUGUCUCACCCAGAUACUUACAAUGCGCUGCUGAGACAGUGGGAUAAGGCAUACAUGGCAAACAACUAUAUUAAAAGCAAAGAUCAGCUUUUCAAACAGAAACCAAAAAUUUACUUUGCUCUUGGCAAUGGUUCAGCAGGAAACGAUAUCGUAGAUUUAGAAUGGCUUAGACAUAAAUGGCGGGAAGCAAUGUUGAAGGAAGGACGAACAAGAAGAGAGGUAAAGGCCGAUAAUCACUGGCAACAUGAUAUUUUCGAAGAAAGUCUCAAACGCCUCUCUGGAAUUGUAGAUAUCAGUGGUAGACGGAUUACUACUGAGGUGCAGUACAACAACAGGGUGUUCGCAUUUCAGAUACACACACUCGAAAAUUGUUCAGAAUUUAGUAACCGGGUCGUCACGUUUGUUCUUGGAUUCUCGUGGAUGGAGCUAGUUGCACUGGAUGUCCGAAGGACAGAGAGGACCUUCAAACGACAGACGUCUCAGAAGUCCCCAGAAAAUUCAGAAGAAAAUCUGGUAACACCACAGCUCGUCAGUCAAAGGUCAGCAAAAUCGGAAGAACAAGUUAACUUAAGGAAUGAAAAUCAACAAGGAAUCUCAUCAGGACAUCAUAUGCAAUCCAAAGAACAACUUUCUUCGAUUGAGAAGGGAUAUGUAAUCCCAGGAACUAAACCUGUUUCUACAACUUUGCCGGCCGAUGUUAGAGAAAAGGGAAAGGGACGUGGGUUUGAAAUAUAUGGUGCCCGCCCGAAGCCUAAAAAUAUAAAUCAUGCGGGACACAAUGUACCUAAAGAACAUGGACCUUCUCAUUCUUCAACGCAUCCAGUGGUUACUUCGGUAGUGUCACCAGACUUGAAAGCUUCUUCUGAACUUCCGGGAAAAAAUAUAACAGAGGCUCCGAAGGCUUCAGCGCUUACAAGAACAGUGACAGAAGAGGGUAGCCGGCAGUCGCAGGAGAGAGAUACAUCUGAGGAUUGGUGCCAGGUACGAAGUAAAAAGAAGGACCAUGUAAUUAAAAAUAAGAAACAAAUAGCAGCUGUUGCUGAGACACCUGCGCCCAUUGUAAAACUAACUCCACAAGAACGGUUUGAACAACUUAUAUCCACAUGUGAGCAAAGGUUCCCACAUUCAUCAAGGAAGAAAAUUAUUUCUGCAUACAGUGCUGUUAAGAAAAUACAUAAGGGUAAUAUAAAACGUCUAGGAACGGAGAACAUUAUAAAAGAAAUCGACAAACAUCUAAAUGACAAGUGACUUUGCAUCAACAGUAUAUACAACGUACAUUUUACAACCAUCAAGUUGUCAUGACCGUACUAUCGUUUUAAAUAAGUAGAUUUGAACAAACGGAAAUUGUUGAACAUUUUCGUUUAGUUUUAGACAAAGGAAAGAUGUUGUUAAGUAGGACUUAGCUGCCGCGUUGACUGACCGUCCGUCUCGUUUAGUUGUCUAGCUAUGCAAUAUGAGGCCACAUUUUUAUACUGAAGUCUUCCGUCCGUCAUUCAUGAUGGAAGUACCAGAAUUUGUUUCAUUACAUUUGUUUAAUAGGAAGAAGACAACGUGGACGGCAUUAUUUUGUCCAUCCUUCUGUCCUCCUGACAGCCACAAAUAGUAAAUUUUGCAUAUAUUCAUGGCAGUAUGGAAAACAAGCACUUCAUUAUAUUUUGUUGCUAUUACAGUAAAUUUAGCUACAACGGCAAUAUUCAUUACAAAAUAUGAAAAAAAUUAAAGCAUAUACGUGAUUACAUAAAAAACCCAUUUUUUUAUGAAACCUGACUUGUAGCUUAUUUGAAAAAUAUGUAGGUGUUUUAGUUUAACUUCAGUAUAAAAAUGCGGCAGCAGAUAUGGCAAAUACCCAUCUUAUUGCUUGACAGUAGUCCUGUUAUUCCUCUAUGAGCUUCGAAAUUAUGGUGAGCGAUAUAGAGUUAUCAAGACUCUCUCUUGUUUAGACUUACUGACCUUUCCUAUUCUUGUUUUAAUCUCUGUGAUAGUUUGAUCGUACAUGCCGAACUUAUUGCUUCUGCUUCAGAUAUACACAUGUCAAGGCUUUUUAUUGCAUUGUUUUUGAAAUUAUUGCUCUUUGAUUUUUAUUGCAGUGCAGAAAACAGAACUUAUUUAUUUGUCGUGUCAAUAAUUUCAUUUGGUACUCAUUACAUUGUAUGAGAUUUAAAAUAUAUAUUGUUGCAUCUGCCUUAUAUUAAGGACACAUUUCCCGAUUCAUUCACUGAUAACUUCUAUUUUCUUAUUUUGUAACUGUUAUUGUAUAUUUGACUUUAAUAGUUGUGUUCUUUUUUGCUCAAAUGAACUAUAUGUCGACCAUCGUGCAUUGUCCAUCUGGUAUUUGUACAAAUCAUGACCCUUGGAUCAAAUUGGUCCCGCCCCGUGGUUCACUUGUUCAACAAAGAUUUAUGUAAGAAAUGUUAACAAAGAUUUAUGUAAGAAAUGUAUGGAAAAAAAUCUUUUUGUCUUAAUUUUGAAGGCAUAAACUUUAGUUUUGGUAUCCGCUCAAUAAGGUUAAUUGUCGUCCAAAUGCAAAGUCGACUAACAUACAAUGUAAAUAUCAUUUAUACAAUAUAAUGUUAGUGUCAUUCAUACAGUGUUAGUGAUCGUCAAACAUUUUUCAAUUGGGUAGAUAAACGUCUGUCUCAGUGCACUUAUAUACCAAACUAAAAUGCAGAAGUCAGCAAACAUGUAAGCGGUUAAAAGUAGCUUAAGGUUAAGUGUUGCUAUACUGUAUACAUUCGGCAAGCCUAAGUUUUUGUUUGUUUGAUUAUAAUUGUUAUGUCUUUUUAGGACGAAUGGUCUAAUUAAUUAUUGUUUUGAACAACAAUGGGUAAUAGUUUAUUACCAAGAUCCGCACGUGAUCAAAAUGAUGUGUUUGAUAAGUAAAUAACCAAGUGAAUUACGAUGGUUUAUACAAUUCGAGCAAUGGCUUAAAUGCGUCUUGUCAUUUUUAGGCCGAUACCAACUCCCAGUCGUAAUCCUAAAAAUGGUUAAUAAUCUAAUAUCGUCCUGACCGUCUCUCGUAACUUUGACGGACUUUUACUCGUUGUCAGCAGAUGUCUUGUUUGGGGUCAAAAGUCAUGUGCACAGAGACCUUAAAAUUAAAAUUAGUGUCCGCUCAAAACGUUAAAAAUAAUUUCUCUGUUGCUGAUGUCUGUCUAGUCAGUAAGUCAAGGUAAUGUGUCAAUGAAUUAGAGAAUGAAAAAAGGUUUCCGCUCAAUAACGAAUGACCUCUGAUCUACAUUUGUAAAACGCCGUAAUAUGAUCACCUGUCGUGAAUAGAUAACCACACUGCAUUUUAGCUAACCUGUCACAUAGUGCAAGGUGAGCUUUUGUGAUCACCCUUCGUAUUCGUCUGUGCGUCCGUACGUGCGUGCGUGCGUCCGUCAACAAUUACUUGUCUGCAUGGUAGAGAUUUCAUUUAUAAUUUUAUUAUAACCAAACUUACACACAACUUGUAUCACCAUACGAUCUCGGUUGUUUUCUUGAACUGGCCAGAUCGCACGAUGGGUUCAAGAGUUACGGCCCCUGAAAGGGUUAAAUUAAGCUAUUUUGACCUUGUAAUAGCAGCUUUAUUUAUAAUUUGAUUUUUACCAAACUUGCACAAAACUUGUAUCUCUAUAAGAUCUCGAUUCCUUUCUUGAACUGGCCAGUUUUCUUUAUGGGUUUUAGAGUUAUGACCCCUGAAAGGUCCAGAAUUAACUAUUUUGACGUUGUCUGCACAAUAGCAGCUUCAUUUAUUUAUAAUUUGAAUUUAAUCAAACUUGCAUAAAACUUGUGUCACCAUAAGAUCUCAGUUCCUUUCUUGAACUGAUCAGAUCCCAUUAUUGGUUCCAGAGUUAUGGCCCCUGAAAGGGCCAUAAUUAGCUAUUUUGACCUUGUCUGCACAAUAGCAGAUUCAUUUAUGAUUUGAUUUUAACCAAACUUGCACACAACUUGUAUCACCAAAAGAUCUUGGUUCCUUUCUUGAACUGGCCAGAUUCCGUCAUGAGUUAUGGCCCCUUAAAUGUCCAGAAUUUGCUAUUUUGGCAUUUGCAGUCAUAUAGAGACUUCAUUUAUGGUUUGACAUGAUACAAACUUCCAAAAUAUCUUCAACAACAAAUAAUCUUGGAUUCCAUGAUGAAUCUGUCAGAUGCAAUUGUGGGUUCCAGAGUUAUUUCAUAUUUGAUUACCUCCCCUGAUUGUAAUCAAAAUGGAUUUAUAUCAGUAAGUACUUACAGGGCUUAUUUGAAAUUUCAUUUUUGUCAUUAGUUGGACCAGGAUAAUCAGGGUAGAUAACUAAGGACUGAUUUUAUGUCAAAUUACCUCCCUUUAUUUCAAAUUAAAAUGGUUAUAUCUCCGUGACUAUUAAAGAUACUGAUCUGAAAUUUCAUUUUAUGUCAACAGAUGGACUUGGACAAUCAAUGAAGAUACAUAUUGACUGAAGUUAUGGCAAAUUACCUCCCGUUAUUUUUUAUCUAAAUGAAUACACCUUAGCAGCUUCUAAUGAGAUUGGUUUCAACGUUAUUUAUGUCUUCCAUGGUAAGAAGUAGUCAUAUUAGAUAACUCUUGAUUGAACAUUUAUCCAUAUGAAUACUUUACUAUAAUACUGUUAUAUAGGUUUGUACUUUGUAUCUUCUACAGGCAUAUACAAAUGCAUGUUUACUUCCCCUGAUUUAAUAAAAAUGGAUUUAUCUCGGUAAAUAUUUAUAGAACUCAUUUGAAAUUUCAUUAUUGUUUUUGGUUGGACAGAGGCAAUCAGGGUAGAUAGCUAUGGACUGAUUUUAUGUCAAAUUACCUCCCUUUGUUUCAAAUUAAAAUGGGUAUAUCUCAGUAACCAAUGAAAAUACUGAUUUGAAAUGUCAUUUGUGCCAUCAGAUGGACUCGGACAAUCAGGGUAAAUAACUUUUGACUCAAUUUAUGACAAAUUACCUCCCUUGUUUUUAUGUAAACGAAUAUAUAUCAUCAGCAUCUAAUGAGAUUGGUUUUAAAUGUUAUUUAAAUCUUCCAGGGUAAGGAAUAGUCAUGUUAGUACAAAAAUGCAGCAUUUGAGCCUAGGACCCUCAAACUUGGUAUGGAAAUUGGCUCUGACUAGGUAAAAAGGGACUGUUAAAAGAAAAUGUUUAUCCUGAUGAUAUUAAAUGUGUAGGCCUAUGUGCUCUAUGUCAAAACAUGAUCAUAUCAUUUUGGGCAAUGGUAUUCAGGUGAGCGGUACAGGGCCAUCAUGGCACUCUUGUUGUAGUCGGGACGCUCUUGGGCAAACUCCUUUUAAAAUUCAUAGGUCUAUUGCAAGUGACACUUAGGUGGUCACUAUUGUUUAUGAGUCAGACUGCUUGAUGUUGCCAUUUGUCCACAGACGACUCCUAAUAUUUUGCAAUAACGGCCAGGGUUUCCAGUCAACAUUAGAAACAUUUCAGGGACCCCCUUGGCCGAGUGGUUAAGGUUGCUGAUUUCAAAUCACUUGCCCCGCAUUGAUGUGGGUUCGAGCCUCACUCGGGGCAUUGAAUUCUUCAUGUGAGGAAGCCAUCCAGCUGGCUUAAGGAAGGUCUGUGGUUCUUCUCAGGUGCCCGCUCGUGAUGAAAUAAUGCACGGAAGGAGGCACCUGGGGUCAUCCCCAACCGUCAAAGCUGGAAAGUCGCCAUAUGACCUAUAAUUGUGUCGGUGCGACAUUUAACCCAACAAAAUAAAAUAAAUAAUUAGAAAUAUUUUAUGGCAUAGAGUCGUCAAAUUCUGUAGGAUUACUGCCUGUAGUCAGUAGGUCAACGCUCUUGUUUUUAAAUCUUCCGGUCAAACGUCAAUGUCAUACUUUACAAAAUUACAUACCCAGUUGCCCUUGACAGAUCAUCUUUGAGAGGGUUGGGGCGGAGGUGUGGCUUCUGUUGUAUGUCUGGUUUCUACUUUGUGCUAAAUAUAUUUGAAAAGAAAUACUACUGUGUUUAUGCCAUAAUUUGUUGUAUUUGAAAUAAUGUUUUGUUUGUGAUAGUGCAUAUCUGACAUUAGUGAUAAUUUGUAUAUAUGGCAAUGUGAUACGUUUUAUAUUACAGCAAAAUUAAUUCAUGAGUUUAUAUUAUUUUGUUAUGGAUUAUUCUUUCUCAAAGAGACGUAAUCCGUAUAAUGUUUUGUUCGUAUAUCAGGUAAUUUCACUAUGUCAGUAUAUGGCAUAUUCAUAACAUAAUUAUGUUUAUAUUUGUUUGUCUCUACAGUAUUACUAAAUAAUUGAAUUAUACAAAUAUAUGCAUAUGAACAUAAUUAUGGAAAAUAUAUCCAAAUAGUAGAACCUGUGCCAUAAAUGAAUAUUUAUGUAUAAUAUAUAAUGUAUAAUAUUUUGUCUCAUACAAUAUGCCAGAUAUAUAACCACAUACAAUAUGCCAGAUAUAUAACCACGUUGUUAUUUAUACAUGUAUAAUAUAUAUGAUUUAUAUCUGUAAAGUACUAACAUCAAAUUCAAUAAACAUUUGUAUAAUAAUAACCCAUAUAUAUAUUCAUCUGUAAAUAAGAAAUGUAUGUAAAAUGUUUAUAUUUGGCAAACUUUUCGUUUUAUUGCGAUUGUUAUUGCGAUAUGUGUAGUCAUGGACAGUCAGCAUGUUUGUACUGUUAGAGAUGUCGUAUGCUAGUAGUCAAUGAUUUGUCAGAGUCUGCAAAAGGUAUCUAUAUUAGUAAUAGUCAUUCAGUUGUCAUGAUAAUAGUCAUUAAUUUGUUAUUUAGGAUAGUUGUUCUGACACGCGAUGAAAUUGUAGUUGCUAAUAUGAUUAAACUGUUGUGUUUUAAAGCUUGCAUUUCUAUCAGCUGAUCAAUUUUACGAAGACGUAAAUGAGUUUGACUCACCAUUAUUGGGUUUCUGACCGGUAUUUUCUAUUUGGUCAAUUUAUAUUCGGAUGCGCGACCUCUUCAGCAGGAUGCUCUACCAAUCACCAGUGUGUUUCCUUUACAAAAAAAAAAUAAAGAAUAGCAAAAAAAACAUUUGAAGUAAAUGCUUGUCAGACUGGUUUAUUAUUAUUAUUAUUAUUAUUGGAAAUGAAUUUUAUUUAUUUGUUAGGCUAUCUAAUAACGACAGUAAAAAAAAUCAAAAUAUAACGUUUUUAGAAAUUAAGGCACUUAUGUGAUAUGAAAGCGGGUAUAUGCACAGUGGUUUUUGGGCAUUUCAUGCAUAUUUCACUUUAAUAAACCGUUUGGUUGAAAGAGAAUAAGAUGAAAAGGAACAAAACCCUACAAAAACCUUACACGUUUCAUCAGAAAUACCAAGCCCGCCCUGUAGGGAGAGCGUUGGUCUAUGUAUCGCGAGGUCGUGAGUUAGAUCCGGGCCGGGCGUAUGUUCCCCGUGACGAUUUGAUAAAAGACUUUGUGUCUAAAAUCAUUCGUCCUCCACCUCUGUAAAUGCGGGGAAGUUUGCAGUUAUUUGCGGAGAAUAGGUUUGUACUGGUACAGAACCCAGGAACACUGGUUAGGUUAACUGACCACCGCUCCAUGACUGACGUGCUGUUGAAAACGGCGUUAAGCCCAAAACAAACAAACAAACAAAUCAGAAAUACCUAUCGGAAGGUGUAUCAAGUCCAUGAUAUGAUCGCGUGACAGUAUAUAAACAGGAUUUUUUUCCUUGUCCAGUCUGUAACUUAACUAUUCACCGUAGGAUUGUUAUAUUACUUGGCACAAAAAUUACCCGUUAUAAGAUGGUCGAGAACAUACAGGUUAACAUGGUAUUAACAUGGCCUCUUUCGUGUACGGUCCAGGUCUCAGUCAUCCAUUGAGGGAUUAUAAUAUUACAAACAUAGCACCAAAACCUCUAGUUUUAAGGUCAAUAUCACGUUUUGAAGCCACGGGUCAGAUUCUUUGUUUUCUUGUCCAGUCCAUAACUCUGUCAUCUAUCAGUUACAUUUUACAUUGCUUGGCACAGAUGAUCCCAUACUUAGAAGACGUAUCGUAGGCGACAUCAAAAGUCAAGGGCAUACUUCAAUAUGUCAAUAUUUAUUUCCUGUCCGGUACAUAUCACUGCCAUCCAUCAAGAAAUGACACAAGUGUUUCAAUUAAUAAGACAAUGCCAUUGCAUCCAGAUCUCUAGCUCAAAGGUCAUGUCAUACUUGGUAGUCAUUAGUCAACAUAUUAUUUUUUCUGUCUGGUCUUUGAAAUAUUUUAAAUAAUUUUUUUUGCCCUGUCUGUACCUUUAUUUAAAUGACCUUAGUUAAAUAUGCACGAUAACAGGCUCGUGUGUCAUAUGGACCCAAAUAUGAAUGUUUGUGAAUUUUCUUCAGAAUUAAUUCUCUGUGAUAUGAUUAAGUAUUUAACUAUGUAUUUUAACUAUUUUUCUCUCACUUUCCCACCAAUUUAAAAAUGAAAUGUAAUUGCAAGUAUUUUUAUGAUGAUAGAUUAUAUAACUAUAUAACAUCUGUAUCUAUUGUUCUUAACUCGCAAUGUUUUGGUGCAUUAUGCUUCCGAGAAACCUAUCCUUACCUAUUAUCUUUUGGAUUAAGUUUUGAAAGCUUGUAUAUAUAGCACACCAUUGAUAGAUAUUACAUCAUUACAUUAAACUGCAUUACUUUCCAUUAGUGGACUAAGUAUUGCGUGGCCAUAUGUCAUUCACUUGUUUUUUACAUGUACGAUGUAUCCCGUCGAUUUAAAUUAUAUGUUUGUCAAAAUAUAACAAGUCACAAAUUGUUUUCAUUUUUAUCGGGCAUGUGCUUUAAAGCUAUGAAUUGUUAUUAUUUAUAUUGCUUAUUAAAAUCUUAUUUAUUUCGAUUUCAGUAUUUUAAAUGCAGACUUUCUUUUUUUGUAUUACAUGUUAUUUUUCACAAAAUGUUUGUUUUAUAACUGGUUGAAAAUAAAUGUUCUUUACAUGA